AUCAAAAUAAACCCGCUAAAAAAGUAAACAAUUUUCCACAAAAAAUUUGUUAAAAUGGAUUCUGACCUCGUCAACAGUAUCAACAUUGCCAAAGAACUGCUUGAGAACUCGGUAAAGCUCAUCGCAGACACAAAAGAACUCACCAACCACGAAGAUUACUUGGAAAAAUACUCAAAAGUAGCCGAGCACUUGUUAGAAACGGAACGCCGGCUAUUUUUGCACAAAACCACAUUCCAAAAGACUCGUGGAGCCCAAACUAUUCCGGAUUUUGACACGCAGUACAAGAACGAGCUGCUCAAAAACUCAAAGCAAGAUGUCAAAACUUCCGGUCAAUACAAAGAAAUGAUGGAAAUCGCAAAUAAUUACUUCAAUAUCGCGGCCGGAGACAUUAUGACGACAAAUUCCACAAAUGUCGAUGACGAUUUAGCGAUUGAGGAGAACAUUCCAACGGUAGACCCGCUGACAAAGUGUCCUCUGGAGAAUCCGGUUAAGAAUAAAAUUUGUGGACACAUUUACGGGAAAAAUUCGAUGGAAGCAGCAAUCAAACAAGGACAUAUUCGGUGUCCUCAAAUGGGUUGCAACAACAAGCAAUACGUUCAAAUGAGUCAUUUGGUGGUCGAUAACGUUUUGAAGAUGAAACUUGCAGCAUUGCGUGCCAAAGAGCAAGCCGAAAUGGAACAAGAUGAGGAUUCUGACUCGUAAUUAAGUAAAAUUUCCUCGAAUAUCAAUUAAAUUAAUAAAUGUUAAAAUUACUGCUGUGAAAAUAAACAAACCGUUCUUAAAUCAAUUAAUUAAAAUAAAAGUAAAAAGAGAGAAAAAUAU